GUCAUCCCAGUGACAGACGAGCGAACACUGUGUCAGCGGCCCCGUGGUACAUGUAGAAGCGCUGAGUCAAUACCGGCUGACGACGCGCAAGCCUAGCCGCCAAAUAACGUCAACACCCCCGCUGGAUAUAAAAGACUGAUUCCUUACUGUGUUCUGUUCCCACUGCCCACCAUGUCGACUCUCUCUCUAGAUAAUCUUCGUGCAGUCAACCUCUUCGACCUUCGCGGUACAGUCGUAGUUAUCACUGGUGGAGGCUCCGGAAUUGGGCUAAUGAUUAGCUCAACGCUGAUCGCGAACGGUGCCACUGUGUAUAUUGUCGGACCAUCACAGGCCGAUCUCGACCAAACUUGCGACAAGUUCAAUGCCGCUGCUGCUAACAUCCCCGGUGCCGGCACAAUGUAUGGAAUUGAGGGAGACAUCCGUUUAAAGUCAGAAGCCAAACGUCUGGCUGAUGAAGUUGGGAAGCGAGAACGCCAUGUUACAGCCCUCUUCAACAAUGCUGGCAUCCUUAAAGGCAGCUUUAAGCGUCCAACAGCUUCCACGGCAUCUGCGUAUGUCUCGAGUUUCUUCGAUGAUAUCACUCAAGAAUCUUUCAAUGAUACCCUCAAUACGAACGCUGUCGGACCAUACUGGCUGACGUUCGCCUUCUUGCCGUUGCUUGAAAAAUGGAAAUUGUCGGAUGAUCCGGCAACCAAGAAGUUCGGGCCGCAAAUCAUCAUGACUAGUAGUAUGAAUGGAUGGACGAAGGACUCGUCAACCGCUGGAUUCUCAUAUCCAUAUAUGUUCUCAAAAAGUGCCAUUGGGCACGCUACUUCCUCUGUCGCUCAUGAACUGCUGCCGCUGGGUAUCAGAGUCAAUGGAAUUGCACCAGGCCUUUUCCCUAGUGCGAUGUCUUUUCCCGGUGCUCCAAUUGACGAGUCCGGAGUCGUGGUUGUUCCGCCGGAUACUAAAAUAGACUUUGAGGUUCCCGUCGAACAAGGAUGGGGUAAACCGCGCGACGUUGGAUCACUCGCGCUCUUCUUGCUCGCGAAUUGGUAUGUCACCGGAGAAACUGUAUUGAUCGAUGGUGGUACGCUCUUGAAGCAUCCGUCUUCUUAUUGAUCUGUGAUUGGAGGAUCUUUUUAUCCGAGGGUGUAACGAAUAGUGAUAGAGCGAUAGCGAUAACGACAUGUUCCUGAAUAUGAUGACUACCCAAUAUGCGGACA